AUGGACCGCACAGGAAAAUAUUUCCCCCUGGGGAACCACACUAAACUGGUGGAAUUCAUCCUGAUUGGGUUUUCUGAUGUGCCUAGUCUUCAAGGUUUACUUUUUGGUGUAUUUCUGAUAAUCUACAUCUUUAUUCUUAUGGGAAAUAGCCUCAUUAUCAUGAUAACUAAGGUUGAUCCUUCUCUCCAGACCCCCAUGUAUUUUUUCCUUGGGAAUUUAUCCUUUUUGGAAAUAUGUUAUGUGUCAGAUACGCUCCCCCGAUUGUUAGCUGAUCUCUGUAGACAAAACAGAAAAAUUUCCUUUCUGGCCUGUGCUGUUCAAUUAUAUUUCUUUCUGGUUUUGGGCGCCACUGAGUGCUUUAUCCUCACUGUCAUGGCUUAUGACAGGUAUGUGGCCAUCUGUAACCCACUGAUGUACCCUGUCAUCAUGAACAGUAGGCUGUGUGUUCAGCUGGCAGCUUCCUGCUGGACCACAGCCAUUCUAAUCCACAUAGGGUCUACCUCCGUGGUCUUCUCUUCACCCUUCUGUGAACGGAACGAGAUGAAUCACUUUUUCUGUGAUGUCCCUCCAAUUGUUCAGCUUGUCUGUGGGGACACUUUCAUAAUUGAGAUGCUGACUUUUGUGAUUGCUGCCUUAGUUGUUACCAUUCCGUUUUUGCUCAUCCUGGGAUCUUAUGUGAAAAUAAUCACCAACAUCCUGAAGCUACCAUCAGCCACUGGGAGAGCCAAGGCCUUCUCCACUUGCUCUUCCCAUGUGAUAGUGGUGACUUUAUUCUUUGGAUCAGCCAUCAUAGUGUAUUUGAGGCCUAAGUCCACUCACUCAAAAGGAAUGGACAAAUACUUUUCUCUUUUGUACUGUAUCUUGAUACCUGUGUUUAACCCUAUUAUAUAUUGUCUGAGAAACAAAGAUAUUAUGGUGGCCUUGGAAAAAUUCCUGCAGAAGUGGAUUGUGUUGAGGUUCAUACAUUCUAAAAAUUCAUCACAUUCAUAA